GGCAACCAUAAUUCAUAUGACAUCAAAAUGACGUUUUACUAUUUGCCUAAUGGAUCAAUACUUGUUUUGAUUGAAAAGUGAAAAAUAGUUUUGGAAAGUUCUGAAAAUCUACGUUCCGUUGAUUCCAAGCUGAAGAAUGGGCCAACUGAUGCGAUUAAAGAAGAUGCGUUAUUAUUGUUUCACGAUUUACCCUACGAUUCUGGGAGAGAGUGUUAAAAAUUUACAUUUUGACGGACUAUCUUAUUACUUCCGGACUAAAAGCCGUUUAGCGCAAAGUUUUUGGCUAAUAUUUGUGAAAAGUGGUGAAUGCGCAAACUAAAUUAACUGGAAAACUAGUGAAAUUAAAGAUGUGUCGUUAAUGUUUCUCGGUAAUACUUCGAAAAAUACCUCUUUGCUAGCAAUCAACCACACUAUAUACCAUUCACAAUAUUAUAUUUCUCCGUUACAGACAAUUUCACAAACUUAUUUUCGCUUUUUUCUUUUUCGUCUUUGUGACCUUCAACAGCCGGUGAAACUUGCAAAAAUUAAUCGCUCUAAUCUUAGCUUCCAUGAACAUGACACUUUCAGUUUUAACUAAUACUUUCUCCUUCUUAAGAUCACAAUCAGAAGCGAACCAGCUCCUUAAGUCUCCAAAUCUAAAAGAAAACCUAUAUUUAUCGUCCCUCUCUACAAUGCACAGGAUUCGUUUCCUUGCGAUUACGCCAUUUUUAAUCAGCCUAAGGUGUUUGCAUAUUUUUGAAAACAUCCCGAAAUUUCGUGUUUUGUGCUGUCCAUUGGCCCUCAAAAGCUGCCCACCUAGGAGGUCUUCUUUGUUCUCUUUAAAUUCUUCAGGGUCUUUCGGAAAAUCAUCCUGAUGUACCAUGAGUUCUGCGUCACACUUUGCAAACCCAUGAGUUUGAUAUAGAGAAUCUCUAUUGUUUACUAUACUCAAUGUAUGUUUAUCUCUUCGUAUUUUACAUUUGAUGCAAGCAUUGUUAAGAGCUACAUUAAACUUUAGACCUUCCUUACUUUGCUCUUCCUUCAAAACAAUGUCUGGUUCAGGUUCUUUCUCUGAUUCUGGUUUGUAAACUUUUAAACUAUUGAGUGUAUCGAUCAGCGAGUCUAAUUUGCCAAGAGAAGUUUUGAAUUCUUCUGCCAGAGGUAGCUCGGAAUUUUGGUGUAAAAUGUUGAUGUUGAGUUGUGGUUUGGCUGUUAGCUCCACCUGAAUUCUGUUUAAUUCUUCAUUGCUGUUCUCUUCGUUCAAGCUGGUUAAGGAGCACUCGUCGACCUGGCAAGCUUCAUCUGCUUCGCUCUGAAAUAUACUGCGUUUCAUUGAAAUUGUAAAUGAAAACAUUGCUCGUAUUCUAAUGAAACGUCUAGUUGCAGGACUAGGCCAAAUUAUACAAGCCCAAGUGCUAUCCAACGAUUUAUUAAGUACUUUCCGCAUCCUUAUGCGUUAAAACUGCGAGAAAUAAAUUGCAUUUAAAACCAACUGGUUCUUAAAUAAAUCUUAAGGUUAUAAUAAGCUCGCCUACAGCAUAAAAAGGGCCCACAGUUUUCAUUUAUAAGUGUUAGACACCACAUUAUAUGACCAUAUACCUUUAACUUCAAACAACAAAAUAAAUUCCAGAAGUUCCUGUUGAAUUUCGAAGACCUACUUUUGGGUGGGCGCUUUGACAUUUUCUCUAACACGGACGCGUCAAUUUUGAAAAAAACUGACAAGGCCAAAAUCAAAUAGAAAAAUGACCGAUAUAAGUGGAAUCCAGGAAAAGAUUGAUUUGAGUUAUUUGGAUCCAGAUUUUUGUAGAGGUGCUUCUAAAUUUGAAUUUCCCAAUGGUGAUAUAUACGAAGGAGAAUAUUGUGCGCACAGAUCUGGGCUUGUUUGGAGAGAAGGUAGACCCAGUUUAAUUUUUUUACUGAAUUAAGUACAGAAAAAUACCCCUAAUCUGACUCCAUUUUGUUAUUGAUUUUCAAAAGAUAUCAAAAUAUGCAAAGUAGAUCAAAGUAUGUUUGAAUAGUGUGACAUUUACGACGGGUUUAUAUAGCCUUUUAAUGUAGUUAUACAACUACAGGCCUGUUAUAGAUAUGCUUUCUGUUAAAAGUAAAGCAUAAAGCAUAAAUUGGGAGCUUCUGGAGUACCGCGAACGUCACGGCUUGAUUACCGACAGAUAUAUAGUAUGUUUCCGGCACCACGAUCUUCGAAGGAUCUCCUAGCUUACGCCACGCAACUGUGGAGUAAACUCAAGCAGUCUUAUGGCUUAGGAACAUACACAACUAAGGACGGCCAAACGUACAAAGGUGCCUGGUUAGAUGACAAACUUAUAAAUACUGUAGAGAUAAAGUUUCCAAAUGGGAAUCAAUAUUAUGGAGAGCUAAAAGACAGCAAAUUCAAUGGAGAAGGGAUGUUCGUAACAAAUGAAAGUUUAGCGGUGAUGUGCAAUUUUGUAGAUAAUAGGCCUGCUGGACAUCUACUUCUGCUUGAUUUUAAAGGAAAAGAGUGGCAUGGGUAUAACUAGUGAUGCAUACAUUCCUUUAUUAACUGAUGACGGCAUUGCGUGGUAAGUGCAGAGUCAACCGACUUGACGCUGUUUUUUUUGUUCCAUUAUCUUAGGAGUCUCAAGUGAAAAUAGUGCGUUAUUAUACAGAGAACAUGUCUACUUUAAUGGUAUCGGCAAAGACUGCGGCAAAGGAAAGUUCAGAGUGAAAAAACCAAAACGGAAAUCUCAUCAAGAAACAGAAGUAGGGGGUGAAGACACUCAAAAACCGCUUGGAAUGGAUAAAAUGAAAGAAUUGGAAUUACGAAUAUUUGCGAAGACAAAAAAGACAGUGUCUGAUUUGAAAUUUGAUGACUCAACAUGGUAUCAGAAUUAUAUGAAUUUUAGAGAAAAAUUUAGCGACAUCAAAGAACGAAUAACAACUCAAGGUGAGAGCGCACUAGAAGAACAUGAGAAAAAGUGGUAUGAGAGAUAUCUGAAUUUCAAAGCAACGCACGAAAAAAUGAUGAAGACAAGGAAAAGAAGUACUUCGAUGAAAGUGGAAGAGUUAAUCGCAUGUUUGAGUUGUUUCAUGGCUCGCAGUACAGAUCUACCUGUCCAGGUAUUCCAGUGAUUUAUGGGCAUCUUGAAGAGGAAAAAGCUGAGCCUGAAGAAGAAGAACUUAUUGAUCCUGAUACAUUUGAUUGAAUAAAUAUAUUCUCUUAUAA